UCCGAAGCCAUGUCUCUCCUUCCCUCCAAGCUGCUCUGCCUCCUUCGUCCUACUAACCCAAUCCUGGGACUCGCCCACACUCGUCGCCAAACGUCGCCGACUCCGCCGCCGCUACGGCGAGUUCUCUGCGCCAAGAGAACCGGCAAGCAGAGAUAUCCAUCGGAGAAGAAGAAGCUAAGGCUGAAGCGCAAGGAUGUCCUCGCCGACGUCAAGUCCGCGAACAAGUUCGAAGGAUUCUGGAGGCUUUCGAAGCUCGGCGUUCCGGUCCACAAGGAUCCCGGGAAGGAUUUCCUCGGCAUCUCCGACGGCUUGCUUGAAGCCAUUGCCAAAGUUCUCGAGUUCCCGGUUGCUUCAAUGUUGCCUGCAGAAGCAUUCUCAGUAGUUCGUAAAUCUUUUGAUGCGCGGAAGGUGCUAAAGGAGCCUAAAUUUGUAUACAUAGUUGACAUGGAUGUCAAUAAACUUAUUAGUUUGGAGCCUCGUGCAUGGGACUUCAUUUCGCGUUUGGAGCCUAAAGCUGGGCUUAUAGAACAUUUGCCGCAUGGAAAAGUAUCUGGGGAUUUAAUCAGUAUCAUAAAAGACUGUAAAAAGAUCUCUGGCAAUGCAGUUUAUAGGGAUGAUGAACAUGACAUUUCCUCUGUGUCUAAGGGAUCAGUCACGUAUAAAACAUCCACAAAACCAAGAAUUGCAAUUGUGGGUAGUGGACCAUCGGGGCUUUUUGCUUCUCUCGUUCUUGCAGAACUUGGUGCAAAUGUUACGUUGAUAGAACGAGGGAAGCCUGUUGAACAAAGGGGACGUGACAUUGGCGCUCUAAUUGUACGUCGGAUACUACAGACGGAAAGCAAUUUUUGCUUCGGAGAGGGUGGUGCAGGUACCUGGAGCGAUGGAAAGCUAGUAACUAGAAUUGGAAGAAACAGUGACAGUGUUUUAGCGGUUAUGAAAACUUUAGUUCAUUUUGGAGCUCCAGAAGGAAUCUUAGUUGAUGGGAAGCCACAUCUUGGAACAGACAGAUUGGUCCCUUUACUUCGCAAUUUUCGCCAACACCUACAAGAACUUGGGGUUACUAUUGAGUUUGGGAAGAGAGUAGAUGAUCUUCUCAUAGAAGAAGGAAAUGUUUUUGGGGUCAGAGUAUCUGACUCGAGAGACAACUCACGUUCUAAUAGCCAGAAGUGGGAAUAUGAUGCUGUUGUUUUGGCUGUUGGACAUUCAGCACGUGAUAUUUAUGAAAUGCUUCUUUCUCAUAAUGUCACUUUGGUCCCAAAAGAUUUUGCUGUAGGUUUGCGGAUUGAGCAUCCUCAGCAAGUGAUAAAUAGCAUACAGUAUUCUGCUUUGGCAUCUGAGGUUCGCUGUGGACGUGGAAAAGUACCUGUGGCAGAUUACAAGCUUGUGAAGUAUGUACGAGACGAGGAUAGUGAUGCAUCUGCAGGUGCAAGUCGUAGUUGUUAUUCAUUCUGUAUGUGUCCUGGAGGGCAGGUCGUUCUCACAAGUACAAAUCCAUCAGAACUCUGUAUUAAUGGCAUGUCUUUUUCUCGACGUUCAUCUAAGUGGGCAAAUGCUGCACUUGUUGUGAAUGUCUCAACAAAGGAUUUUGAGUCACUGAAUUUUCAUGGUCUUCUUGCAGGGGUUGAAUUUCAGAGGGAAUUAGAAAGAAAAGCAGCUAUAAUGGGAGGGGGAAACUUCGUGGUGCCUGUACAGACAGUUACAGACUUUCUAGAUAGCAAAUUAUCAGCAACAUCUGUUCCACCAUCAAGUUAUCGGUUAGGAGUGAAGGCAGCACAUCUCCAUGAGUUGUUCCCUAUUCAUGUAACUGAGGCCUUGCAGCGCUCUAUCUCAAUGUUUGACGAAGAGUUACCUGGAUUUGUUUCCAAAGAGGGUCUUCUUCAUGGAGUGGAGACUAGGACGAGUUCUCCUGUCCAAAUUCCCCGCAGCAUUGACACUUUCGAGAGCACAUCAUUGAAAGGUUUGUACCCAAUCGGCGAAGGAGCAGGAUAUGCUGGAGGGAUCAUGAGUGCAGCAGUGGAUGGCAUGUAUGCGGGAUUUGCUGUGGCAAAUGCUUUCGAGUUAUGUCAUGGUGGUAUAGAGUCAGUUUUUGGCAAGACUCAGAGGGCUGGUGUCGUUAAAUACUAGGAACUUAUUUGGUUCCUGUUUCCACAGUGCCUCCCGGUACGCCAUAAAUACAAGUUCAAGCAUCAAGACGUAUGUUGUAAGCUUGCUAAAUAUUUCGGCUUUGAUCAGGCUUGGAAAUAUUCAAAAUCUCCUUUGAAGUGAUCUGGUGGGUCAGUUGUAAGUGAAAUCGAUCAAUGUCUGCUUCAUUGAAUCUGACGAAUGAAGUUUUCAUCUAUAUCAAACUAUUGCUGAUUGAGAGCUGUUAUAGAUUGUAGGAGCUGUUGUGAUGAUCACUAAUAUGACAACCUUAGAUCCUAGCCCUCUUGGGAAUCGUUUAGGCAACUUUUCAAGCACGAUAGGCUUCAAAAAAAGAAUAUUGUGAAAUUUAAAGUUACAUCUUGUCAUACAACUA